AUGUCUGGGGAUGAUUGGAAAUCGAAGGAAUACAUUUGCAAAAGGGCGACACAUGGCGGACACUUUUGGAGUCAUCGUGUAUGAUUACAAAUGCCCCAGGAUGAUACAGCAGUCUGCACGGUAUAUAAGGGUAGGAUGUGUGUUGCUGAACAACAACAUCAUCGCAUACUACUACUACUACCACCACCACCACCAACGUCGAUCCCGUCCCCCGCGGCCCGUCGACGUCGAAUUAACCUUCUACGAGCCCCCAGCCGACGGAUCUACACCCUACAACUAUGUGGAAUCUCCACCUGCCGGCGUCCCACCCCGCAACUACGGCGAGCAAGUACACAAAGUCUCCCUAACCGACAUCCGCGGCCACGAAGCAGACUACACCCUCGACACACACGCCGUCCAAGUCCUCCAACACAUCCCCACAUCAACCACCUACUCCACCUUCGACUCCGACGCCGAAGUCCAACGCCUCUACUACCCCGAAGUCGAGCAGCUGCUGAAGCAGCACAUCCCCGGCGCUCAGCGUAUCAUCCUCUUCGACCACACCAUCCGCAGACAAGACCCCAACGCCCCCGCCAGCCAGUUAACAAAGCACACGUCGACCAAACCCGCAAAGCGGCGCAGGACCGCGUCCGCCUGCACGUCACUGAUCCAGACGAGGCAGAGCGCAUCAUCAGCCAGGGCGUGCGCUACCGCAUCGUCAACGUGUGGCGGCCCUUGAACGGCCGCGUGGAGUCCGCGCCGCUGGCGUUUGCGGCGGCCCUGUCCGUCGACAACGAGCACGAUCUCGUGGCUGUGGAGCACCGCUACCCGCAUCGGACGGGCGAGACCAUGGCCGUCAAGUACAAUCCGAACCAGCGGUGGAUGUAUCUCUCUGGGAUGGAGAAUGACGAGCGGCUGUUGUUGAAGUGCUCGGAUAGUCUUGCGGCAGCGCAAGCGGAAGCGGGACAGGGGGAUGGGAUUGCGGAGCGGGUGCCGCAUUCUGCGUUUUGGGAUCCGCGGACGAGGGAGGGCGCGAAGCCGAGGGAGAGUAUUGAGGUGAGGGCUUUGGUGAUUGGUUGAGCGAGCGUUAGCGAGUCUCAUCAGCGGCUCGUGAAAGGUUGAUAUUGAGGAGACAAGUGUAGACGAUGAUGUUGCAUAGCUGUACAGGCGUUUUUUUUGGUUACUGAGUACAACUUAAUAUAAUGAAUGGGUUCAUCAGAUUGUACAGUGUUGUCCCUGUG